AUGUAUUAAAUUUCCAAUUGGGUCUUUAGAAUUUAUUUAUUUUUUGAUAUGAAUGCCAAUAAAAACAAUAUUUUUAUAAGAUUAUUAACCAAAAUUUAUACAUAAGUAUGUAUAUUUACUCUAUUUACAAUUAAGCGUUAAUAUAAAAUUAUCAAAUCAUAAAGUUAUAUUCAAAACUCGCCAUGAAAACUAAUAAAAUCCUGCCGUUUGACAAUACAUUACUUAACAUUACCAUUUCACUUAGACAAUUGGAAGAAAUCUCUAAAGAGAUUUCAUCGCGUGGCCAAGUCACUGGUUUAAAUGAAGUUGUUUGGGCUUUAAAAGCACUCACCCUUACCGAUUUGACUACAUUGGCGGGUGAUGAUACCCAGGCUAAUGUUGCACGCCUUUGCCAUAGAGCUGCUUAUCCCUUUCCACUACAUUUAAUAGAAAAAACCAUAGAAGAGCCUUUGCACAAACAAAUUCAUACAGGUGCAGUUUGUGUUUAUCCAGCACGUGUAGCUGAUGCACGCAAAACAUUCGAACAACUUAAGUGUUACGAAGAAAUUCCUAUAGCUGCUGUAGCCACUGGUUUUCCUACGGGUCAGUAUGGUCUUAAAACACGUUUAGAUGAAAUAACAUUUGCCAUUGAAUCGGGCGCUCGGGAAAUAGAUAUUGUUAUUAAUCGUCAAUUGGCUUUGACCGAACAGUGGCAGGCUCUGUACGAUGAAGUGUGUAAAAUGAGAAAGGCAUGUGGAGAGAGGGCACAUAUGAAGACCAUUUUAGCUAUCGGUGAAUUGGGUUCAAUGGAAAAUGUCUAUAAAGCAUCCAUGGUUUGCAUGAUGGCUGGAGCGGAUUUCAUUAAAACCUCCACCGGCAAAGAAUCGGUUAAUGCCACUAUACCAGUAGGUUUAGUUAUGAUCUGGGCUAUUCAAGAAUUUCUACGUAAAACUGGGCAAGUAGUUGGUUUAAAACCGGCCGGUGGAGUGCGUACUGUACGCGAGGCAAUAGCCUGGAUGACUUUAGUAAAAGAAACUUUGGGUAUACAAUGGCUGCAACCAGCACUCUUUCGUUUUGGAGCCUCUGGUCUAUUAGAUGACAUUGAAAAGGUAGUGCGUAAAGGCUUGGCGGGACAAGAUAUACAAACAGCUGCUGCAUCAUAUUAAAACGAAUUUAUACAGUAAUAAAUGCAUUUAUGUAAAUAAAAUCUAACAGAACACU